ACCCAACGAACGGUCCAGAUCUGGUCUUCCUCCUUUCACGAAUCACUCCAUCUUUCACACCCACUCCCUUAUAUUUAUUUAACCCCUUUCCAUUUUCCUCGCUUUUCACUUCUCUAACCAAUUUCCCCUUUCUUUUCUUCAACCUCUCCAUUCUCAUUCCAAUCCUUCUCUCUGUAGUUCUUUUCCUUUUUUACUUGGCGAUUCUACCAGCGUUACCGUCUUCGCUUCUGAUCUCUCUCAAGUCUAUCCAAUGUCGACCGAGAAGGAGAGGGAGUCUCAUGUUUACAUGGCCAAGCUCGCUGAGCAAGCCGAGCGCUAUGAAGAAAUGGUUGAAUGCAUGAAAAAAGUUGCAAGACUUGAUUGUGAGCUGACUGUGGAGGAGAGGAACCUUCUGUCUGUGGGUUAUAAAAAUGUGAUUGGUGCUAGGCGAGCUUCGUGGCGCAUUAUGUCAUCCAUUGAACAGAAGGAAGAGACUAAAGGAAAUGAGAAUAAUGUUAAAUUGAUUAAGGGUUACCGCCAGAAGGUAGAGGAGGAACUUGCUAAUAUCUGCAACGACAUUCUGUCUAUCAUAGACAAGCAUCUGGUCCCAUCUUCCACCUCCGGAGAAGCCACUGUCUUCUACUACAAGAUGAAAGGUGACUACUAUCGCUAUCUAGCUGAGUUCAAGACUGACCAGGAAAGGAAGGAGGCAGCUGAACAGUCACUCAAGGGUUAUGAGGCUGCUUCUGCCACUGCAAACACAGAUCUGCCUUCAACUCACCCAAUUCGUCUUGGUCUUGCACUUAACUUCUCUGUUUUCUACUAUGAGAUCAUGAAUUCUCCUGAGAGAGCUUGCCAUUUGGCCAAACAAGCUUUUGAUGAGGCAAUUGCAGAGUUGGAUACCUUGAGCGAGGAAUCAUACAAAGACAGCACACUGAUUAUGCAGUUGUUGAGAGACAACCUUACUCUUUGGACUUCUGACUUGCCUGAGGAUGGAGGUGAGGAUAACUUUAAAAGUGAAGAAUCCAAACCUGCAGAAGGAGGAGAGAGCCAGCAUUGAUGAAAACUGAGAAUCCUGCCCAUGGCAAGGGGAGGGUAAAGUACUUUGCAGAAGUGGCUUCUUUUAUUAGCUUUUCUCAAAAGGGGAUUGAAUCAACUUGAACGAAGUAGACAGUCCUUGAUGUUACAGUCUUUUUGCAGUCCACCAAAGCCUGACGAUAGAUUGAUCAAUUGCUCUUCCAUUUUUGUUGUUCCUCUAUUUGUCUUUUUGAUAUUUUUCCCCUUUUCUAAACAAAUUUCUCCUUUUCUUUCCUUUGCUUUAAUGUCUAUUAAAUAUUUUUCCUUGUAGAAACCUUUUAUGAAAUGAUGAAAUAUUUCUCAUUAUGCCGUUAGAUGUUGUUGCCUACGAGCUUCUUUGGGAGAAAUUCAAGCCUUUUGAACUCAAUACACUUAGUUUUGGGUUGUUGUUUUUA